AUAUUCAUUGCGUUUAAUCGUACUCGGAACAGAAAUGUUGACAUAACCUUGAAAAACGACGACUUCGACUCGGAAACACAACAGCUGAACGUAUUAAAUAGUUACUGUUAUGGCGAGCGUUACGGUGUUCGUGUUCCUCUUAGACAACCUGCCCGGAUUUGAGAAUAUUCUAAAUACGACGUUACAAAAAACGGCUGAAGCGAGUAACUUUGAUGUGACGCUUUCUGAAUGCGAUCCCUUUUAUGAAGAUAUUGUGUGGACCGACAUCAGUAAAAAUAAUGUCGUUAACACUGACGGUGAAGUUAGAUACGGCGAUGCUCACGAUGGAGAGCACGGUCACUACGUACAAGAUAUGAGAGUGCACAGAGAUACCACAGACAGGGAAAUAGGUGUACACAAGUCGAAAAACACAUUUUUAGUGUCAAUCUUUGAAACUGUAUUGAAUAUAACGGCUCAGACUUGCGGCGGGAGCCUGCUCUCGCCGCGUUGGGUGAUCACGGCCGCUACUUGCGUCGAUUUACUCUCUCAUUUAUAUAAAAAAAAUUUGAAUUUGUUUCAAACUCACUAUUCUGUAAUAGCGAACGCCAACGAUCCUCUCACAGAUGGCUCUGUUCACAACGUUACUGAAAUAUCAUUAAAUCCGAUUUCUAACGAAAUCCCUAGAAUUAAUAACACUUCUUCUUUCCAUUCGAUAAAAAUUCCAAGUGUAGCUUUAUUGAAAAUAGAACCACCCGUUGAAGGGAUUUUUAUGGAAAUUGUUUUGGAGAAGAUAAGUUCUGGUAUUGAAGUGGUUGUCUUUGGCUGGAUUUUAAAUAAGGAUCCUACUUCUGGUCAGGACACAUUGAACGUGGCGACUUUUAAAGCCAUCACUUUAGAAUCGAAUGUUUGUAAAGCCUAUUAUAGUUUUGUAGAUGAAUCUUCUUUAAUCUGUUUAUCUCCUCGAGGUGAAAAUGAAUUUAAUAUACGAAUGAUGAGUUCUGGCGGGCCGGUGGUGCUUUCGCUCGGAAAUAAAAUAUUAAUGGUGGCGAUCGCUCAACUCGACUCGCACACAAACUUAGCAGCGUACUUACUGCAUUCACAUUAUUCGUGGAUAAAGGAAGUAAUAAAUAAAGAUUAAACACAAAUUAUAAUAGUGUCAUACUGGUGAAGACGGAAAUCUAUUGUUUUGAUAUAAUAAAAUAAAUUAAUUUAUUAUUAAUUUGGAAAAGUAUAUUAAUAAAGUAU